AUGAGUUCCAAACUGUCAGGUGACCUGGAGAGAGAGGAGGAGGAAGAAGAGGAGGAGGAGGAGGAGGAGGUAGAGAGCGUCAACCCGACACAGGUGAAAAUGAGUCAGAUAGUGAUGCCCUGUCACAGCAAUCCUCGACAGGAGCUGAGCGUGGGACAGCUGCUCAAAUGGAUAGAUUCCACUGCAUGCCUCUCAGCCGAGAGGCAUGCCGGGUGUGCCUGCGUCACUGCAUCCAUGGAUGACAUCCACUUUGAACAUACCAUCAGCGUGGGUCAGGUGGUGAACAUCAAGGCAAAGGUCAACAGAGCCUUUAACACCAGCAUGGAGGUGGACGUACAGGUGAGCUGUGAGGACCUGUUCUCUGAUCGUCACUCGAGGGUUUGUCACGCCUUCGCCACCUUUGUCACCCAGCGCACAAACACAGGGAAAAAGGUAAUCUUGAAGCCCAUUGUACCCCACACUGAGAAAGAGCAGGUUGAAUACAGCGUGGCAGCUGAGAGACGCAGGGUCAGGAUGGUACAUGAUGACAUCAUCAAAGAUCUGCUCUCCCAUGGGUCUAUCCUGCCGGCUGACAGCUCGGCAGUAGGCAAUGCGGUGGCGGCAGAGAAGACCAAGGUGGAGAGUGUUGAACUGGUUCUACCCCCUCAUGCUAACCAUCAGGUGAAUACAUUUGGAGGACAGAUCAUGGCCUGGAUGGUGAACGUAGCUACAAUUGCUGCCAGCCGUCUGUGUCAGGCUCACCCGACCCUGCGGACCAUCGACAUGUUCACCUUCAGAGGACCUUCUCAGGUUGGAGACAGACUGCUGCUGAGGGCUAUAGUCAACAACGCCUUCAAAAACAGCAUGGAGGUGGGGGUGCGAGCAGAAGCAUACCAUGAGGAGGGGCCUAACCGGCACAUCAACUCUGCCUUCAUGACCUUCGAGGUGCUAGACGACCACAGGAAGCUGUGUACGUUACCACGGAUACGACCCGAACCAUUGGAAGGGGAGAGGAGGUUUCAAGAGGCCAUAGCCAGGAAGAAGAUCCGAUUGGACAGAAAGUACAUCAUUUCUCGCAAGCAGGGCGAGGUCCCUCUGUCCGUACCCUGGGACCCCAGAAACCAGGUGUAUCUGAGCUACAACAAUGUUUCCGCUCUAAAGAUGUUGGCUGCUAGAAACAACUGGCGCCUCAGCUCUGAGAAAGACAAGGUUCGUCUUUACACACUGGAGCAGAAGUCCAUGUUGAGUUUCAGGGUGGAAUCAGAAGUGGAUGUACCUGCUCACAGAGCCUUUAGUCUGCUGGCCGAGCUGAGCAGCAGGCCCAGCUGGGACCCACAUUAUCAGAAAUGUGAGCUGAUUCAUCGGGUGGACGAUGAUGACUUCCUGUAUCGAGUGGUGACCCCAUCAGUGCGUCACGGGGGAGUAAGUAGCCCGACUUCAGCCCAUCAGGGAGAAGGGAUUCAAGACUUCAUCUUGUUGGCUUCUAUGAGGAAGCCGUGUGGCAGCGGAGACCCAUACGUCAUUGCACUGCGUUCAGUGUCCCUGCCCACUUACCCUCCCACUGAAGGAUAUAACAGAGGAGAAGUUCUGUGUGCUGGAUUUACCAUACUGGAGACAAAAGACAACAUGUCACUGAUCAGUUACUAUAACCAGGCAUCUCCAGAGGUUCUUCCCUACAUCUCCACAGAUAUUGCCGGCCUCUCCUCCUCUUUCUACCACACCUUCUGCUCCUGCAGGCAAUACCUGACCAGGAACAGGCUGCAUUCUGCCUCUCAGGUGCAAACCGGCCAAUACAAGGCAACAAAUACAGACAGUCCCACCUGAGAUACUGAAGUUGCAGUCUGUCAGUGGCCUUCCGCAGCACCCAGCUGUAGACAGUCAGUCGUUCUUUCCAGGCCAGUUUACAUCGUGUGUAGAGUGAGGUCAAGCUGCUGCUUAUACAACAUGGUACUAUUAACACUGUAACAAGUGUUCACAGUGAACAAAAUGUGAUAUUUACAUCAAAAUAAAUCAAACUUUGUUAUUGUUACUAGAAUAGAACAUCUAAAUAUCAAUAUAAUAAGAAACUCUAAUUUGCGUCUAAUGUAAAACAUAGACUUAAUUUCAAAAUAAAGGCUCAUUCAACAUUUAUUAUUGGGCUUUCACACAAAUGACACAGUGUAAUCUGUGUCAGCUAUUUUCAGAUAUUAUUAUUUUUAUGUUUGUAAAUCUAAGGUUCAUUUAAUUUUGAGAUCUAACCCAGUGUGGGCUUUAUAGGAAAUGCAGGAAACACUAGCAGUAGCAUUAAGUGGUGACAGAAUUGUCUCCAUUUGCUGACUGCAAUUAGCACAAGGUACUAUUUUUAUAAAAACAUUGAUGUUUCAUUAAAUGCUUUUAUAGGACUUUUAAUAAAAUGAUUUUAACAGAA